CAAGUCAUAAUCGGAAUUAUUUCCUCCAACAUCAACAAGAAUGCCGCCAAUGCUGCUAACCUCUCGGUCCGCUCCGGUGAUACUGAUUUGGCGGUGGUCGAGGGGAACUCCCGCAGCGGCGACGGCUCCUGUUGCCGUCGGUUCUGGAACAUGAGCAAACUCAACGUUCUCUUCGCCGCCAUCUGCCUUUUCAACGGCAUUGUCACUAUCGCAUUCACCUUCAUACCCAUCCCCUCUGCUAUAGCCAUCAACAGUCCAGAUCUGCUCAUUCUGAAUACCAGGCAGGGCUGUGUUCUUGCCUUCGCCUCCUUUAUGGUAGGCCUUAGCGAUGGUGGCUUCAUGACCAUGCUGGGUUUGAUGCUGGAGCAGGAAGUGGAGGAGCAGUAUUUCCCCGCGGCUCUGGGCAUUUGCCUUUGUAUCACUGGAGCCUUUAAUUUCGUCGGCACUGUGGUUGGUGUUGCCAGUCUUCUGAUGAUACUGGCGCUUUCCUGUUUUGCUUGA